ACCCCCAACAACCAAGAAUCUCACCCUCAGUAUCCUUCUGUUUCUUCUCCCAAUUCAACUUACGAAACAAACCCAUUUGCAUUAAGUUCAAGCAGCUCUCAGGAUAUGCAGUCUCAUCAUCAGCAUCGGUAUGCAGGUCCAUCGUGGUCAGCUUCUGUGCCUACAGCCCUAGAUGCUGAGAAAUGGGGGACUCAUGUGAUGGGAGUACCUGCUGUUCCCACAUGCCAUCCGGACAACAAAAAAGCCUCCUUGUGGGGCGCUUCUGCUGAUUAUAAUCAGGCUGAGCCUUAUCAUCAUCCUUACCUUCUGUACACUCCCGUUGAGAAACCAAAUAGUCCCAUGGAAUCCAUUCGUAACGUCUUCAAUUCUUGGAUCAAUAAGGCUGAAACCACGGCCAAUAAUAUUUGGCACAAUCUUCGAACGAACUCAUCUGUGCGUAAAGCUGCGUGGGGGAAGAUGAGCCUGAACGCGAAAGCAUUAAUAGGAGGUGGAUUCGAGACAAUAUACAACCAAACUUUUACUACAAAUCCAAACGAGAAUCUGAAGAAGACAUUUGCCUGUUACCUUUCGACAUCAACAGGGCAUGUAGCCGGAACUGCAUAUCUCUCAAAUGUUCAUUUAGCUUUCUGCAGUGAUCGCCCCUUGUCUUUUACAGCACCCUGCGGCCACAAGACUUGGAGCUACUACAAGGUUAUGGUACCUUUGGCCAUGAUUGGCACCAUCAACCCAGUGCUGAUGCGGGAAAAUCCAUCAGAAAAAUACCUCCAGAUUGUAACUGUUGAUGGGCAUGAUUUUUGGUGCAUGGGAUUUGUUAACUAUGAUAAAGCAUGUCGACAUCUUUCAGAAAGUAUCUCAGUUUUUGUAGCACCUGGGAUACCAGCACAACCAACUGCCUAGAUCUUUCAUUCAGAGCCUCAGUUUUUCCUAUUAAAUAAUGGUUGCUUUCUGGUAUUCUAAGUUUUCGUUUUUGAGUGUGCAAUAACAUGGAAUUGCUUGACUGAUCUUUUUUUGGACAAUGAUGUAGUUGUUUAUUAAUUCGA